GCGGCGGCAGCGGCCGGAGGCCGGGGAGGCGGCAUUGGCGGAGCUGGGAGGCGGCCCCGGCGCAGGGCACCUCAUGUGUGGAUCCCGAGCAGCUCCUCCUUCAGGAACAGCAUGAGCCUGGCGGAGCCUGCCGAGAAAUACCUGGAAGUGGAGCAGAUUGGCCAAGGGGCUUUCAGAACCGUUUCUAAAGGACUCGACAGGGCCACAGGAGGAGAGGCGGCCAUAAAGAAAAUGAGUCUCAGAGGGCAGAACAGGGAACGAGCUGUGAAUGAGCUCCUGCUCCUGAAGGACAAGAAGAACCCCAACAUUGUCAACUCUUUGGACAGUUUCCUUGUUGAUGGAGAUCUCUGGCUGGUGAUGGAAUACAUGGAUGGAGGAACUUUGCAGGACAUUCUCAGACAGACACACAUGGCUGAAGGAGAGAUGGUAGCAGUCAGUCAGGAGUGUCUGCAGGGCCUGGAUUUCCUCCAUGGGAACCGGGUGAUCCACAGAGAUCUGAAGAGCUCCAACAUCCUUCUGGGAAUGGACGUCUCUGUCAAGCUGGCUGAUUUUGGCCUCUACGCUCAGCUCAGCCCUGAGCAGGACCAGCGCAGCUCCAUGGUGGGCACUGCUCACUGGAUGGCCCCAGAAGUUGUCACCAGUUCUCCUUAUGGCCCCAAGGUGGACAUCUGGUCCUUUGACAUUGUGACCAUCGAGAUGGUGGAAGGAAAACCUCCUUACUUCAAGGAAACGAGGGCCAUGGCCCGUGCUCUGAUCCAGCAGAACGGGACCCCGCAGCUGCAGGAGCCCAGGCGCCUGUCGGCUCUGCUGCGGGACUUUCUCGAGUGCAGCCUGGAGCCGGACGAGGAGCGGCGCUGCUCUGCCCAGGAGCUGCUGCAGCACCCAUUUUUAUCAUCAGCCAAGCCUCUCUCCAGCCUGACCCCUCUGAUCAUCGCAGCAAAGCAACUGAGGGAGCAGCGGAGGAGAUGAAGCACUGGAGGACAGCUUUUAGUUACAGGAAUUAGUUAGGACAACUAGUUAGUUAUGGUAGUGCUAGUUAUGGUUAUAGUAGUUAGGACAGCCUGUUUGUUAUGGCUCUUAUGACAGCCUGUUUGGUAUGGCAGUUUUUUUGAAUAAAAACUCUCUUAAACCUCAA